AUGGCCGUCGGCGCAUUCUUGGAACCGUUUGUGGUCGUGACGCUCCUGUUCGGAGGAGCCUGGUUCAACAGAAACAAGGACUAUGACUUUUGGAAGGGAACUCAAGGCUGGGCUGGUGGCAGCAAACGAAGUGAUGACUUUGGAGGAAAGCGCAUAUCGACAGAGACCAGCUCCCCUCGAAGCCCUCCUUGGAGCUCCGGGUCGUCAUCGCCGACACUGGGAUCCGACGACGGAUCGACCUGGUCUCUCACAUCUCGACGACGAAACGUUCGGUUCCUCGGUUUCAAGAAGACAGUCACGACUCCGAAUACUCUCGUCUUCAAGGAUCGAUUCCUGAGUCGAGUCCUCCAGAAGUUCCCCUUCCUGGUAGAAGCGUGGUAUUGGGCACUCAUCUAUUGGGUGUACCAAUUAGGCAGAGCGUUCACCGCUGUCACCAUUGUCCAAGGGACCGUCCAUGUCGCCCGAAAGCACGCCCUCAAGGUGGUUCAUCUGGAGCAACGCCUGGGUAUCUUCUGGGAAGUAGCCGUCCAACAGUGGUUCUUGGAGCGUCCGAUUCUGCUGCACUGGAUCAAUCGAGUGUAUUCCUUCAUCCACAUUCCCGGGACAAUCUUCUUCUUGGUGGCCCUGUUCUACCUGACGACCUCUCGAAAGCGUCGAGCCAUGUCCGGCCGUGUCCGAAACGACCUCGUAUCCGCCGGGCCUGCGUUAUAUGAAGCUAGGCGGCGGACUAUGGCCAUGUGCAAUCUGAUUGCCUUUGUCGUCUUUACGCUGUGGCCUUGCAUGCCGCCUCGGCUGUUGAGCGAUCCCAACUAUAACGGACCGGACGCUCCGGAAGCGAAGAGCUUCGGAUUUGUCGAUAGUGUCCACAGCGCAACUGGUGAGAGCAGUGUUUGGACGACAAACAAGUUCUGCAAUCAAUACGCUGCCAUGCCUUCGUUGCACUUUGGCUAUUCUCUCCUUAUCGGUCUGACAAUCGCGACUCUGCCCGUGAAUGGAGUCCGGCCCAACUCCUGGAAGCGCCUGGCCAUUGGUGUCGUGGGCCUGUCCUACCCAGCGCUGAUCCUGACGGCCAUUGUUGCUACCGCCAACCACUUCAUCCUCGACGCUGUUGCUGGGGCCAUGGUCUGCGGCAUUGCGUGGCAUGCAAACGGGCUGCUGCUGAACCUGUGCGUGCUCGAGGAUUACUUGCUCUGGAUUGUGCGGAUCCACAAGCCCGUCAACUACACGGACCCCGAGACCGCGGUCGAGCCCGACUAUCACCCGAUUCUCCUGUCGGAGGAGGUUUGA